AUGCAAUUCGAACUCUCAGAUCACCAGCAGCGUGUCAAGGAAUCAGCUCGUGCCUUCGCCCAGGCCGUCCUCAACGGUGCAUCAGAAACCUACUCCCACCUCCCCACGCAGUCCGAGCGGUUUGAGUCCAUCCGGCCUAUCUACAGCAAAGCCGUCGCAGCAGGACAAGUCAAGGCUCUGAUCCCCGCGCCCACUUGGAGGGACAACUAUGGACGACGAACAGCGCCGGUUGGGACGGAAGGAGGGCUGAUCUCCAAUGCGUGGUGUGCCGGUACUGCCCCUGCCGACUCAGAGCCCAAGCCAGCCCAGCUGAACGCUGCAGUCGUCGUGUUACUCGUGACCCGGGAAGACAUCGUGCGGAAUAACCCGGCCGCAUACACUGUGCUUGAGGAGCAGGACUUGAUCGGACAUCCUGCCGUCUCGGGGCCGCACACCAAGUUCGUGGACUUCAGAUUACCCGGCGGGUAA